CAUCAAAAUAAUGCUGUUGAAUUUUCGGACAAAAAACCCAGCAUACGAUCGGAGGACUGCUCACUCUCGACUUUCACUCUUUUUUAUUUGCCCUAUGCAUAUCGCCAAAUGAGAAUUUCAACUUUCCCCAUUUCCUCAGUCCAACAACUGUCUUCUUCAACCUUCAGCUCGUAGAUAGAAGCUGAGAGAUCAGCUUCGAUCCCGAUCUGCCCGACUGGCCGUCUCUUAAUUCAGUUCGUAACCCAGUGAGUCAACCCGUCCUACCUCUUCUCCAGAAAACAUACUUUACUUCUUCCUUGUGCUGGCUCUGAGUUUAGGAUCUUCUCCAAUUGAGGUCUGAUUAUUCUCUCUCUUAUGGUUAUCCCCCCAUGGUGCAGUUUUGAGCGGAUUUCCUCUAUGUCGGACCACUUCAUAGCUCCUUGGGACUUGCAGGAAGAGCCCGUCGACGAGGGCUACGGUCCUCGGUCUCCAAUCCACGGUCAGCAGAACGAUCAGCUUGUAGGGAAUGGAAUCCCCAAUGGUGGUAAUCCGUUUGCUCACAAUGGUGCAGCUCAAGAAGACAAGAAAUCCCUGCUAAAUCACGUUAUUAGCAGCGUUGUUAAUGAGUUAAAUAGCAGUGAUAUUUUGAACGAAGGGGAGCAUCUUGAGACUGAUCAGCCUAAUGGGGCUGUCCAGCAGGGUUCUAGUGGUGAAGGUCUGCCAUAUGCUCCUGUUAACUGGCCGAACCCGGGUGACAACUGGACCUGGAAGGUAGGGAAGAGGAUUAACACUGCUGGGUUUUUCCAGGAUAGGUUUCUGUAUCCUCCAAAACAUUUCCCCAAAGUGACAGGGGCGAGACCUCCAUUUGCAAGCCCAAAUGCUGUGACCUCUUACAUCCGGACGGUGUUUCCAGAUGCUAAUGCUGAUGCAUUUUUCUCGUCCUUCUCUUGGAAGGUCCCUGGGAAGGCGGCGUCUCCUCUGAAAGUGGAACCCAUCUCCACCUCUUUCCCAAAGCCUUCUCACGGUGAUGGCUCAAAAGGGGAAGUGCAAGUGCAAGGAGAAGGCUCUCGGUUGAGGAAAAGGAAGCCUAAAGCACCAACUCCACCACCUCCAUCCCCACCUCCGCCCAAGCAGAAACGACAGCGCAGUGCUUCUAAAUCAUCUGCAACGAACCCGAAAAAAACAAAAGACAAAACAGCAGCUCCCUCAUCAUCUGCAGCCAAGCGAAGAAGUAGGCAUGCUGGUAAACAAACUGUCCCUGUCCCUUUUGCCGACGAUGGAAAUAAUACCCAGGCAGAGGAGUUUAACAUUACUAUCCCAGAAGACUUCGACAACUACCUCAACUCUCUAGAAGACAUCAUCGCCCAGCCAUUUUCUGACGGCAUAGUUGCUGGUCAGUCAACAACAAUGGCUAGGGAUUCUCCUCCGGUGGACGAUGAUGAGAUAGCUGAAGCUCGUCACAGGCUUUCUUCCUUGCUGGUUAUGGACUUCCCUACACUAGUUUCCUCCAAGAACUUCUCUGAACUCCUGGCUUUGGCUUCAAAACUACAGAAUGAUCCUCGCCUGACUGCCGAACAGCUUGUCAAGCUGAAGUUGAUUGAGGAAAUGUCGUCUUUCAGGGAGGUUUUCCACGAGAGUAGGGAUAUCAUUGUCCAAAUCGACAGGCAUUACGGAACCCUGGAGGCGAACAAGGCCAAAGUCGCUUCUCUCAAGAGCGAGUACAGCGAGCUGAAGGACAAAACAGACCAGCUUCAGGCACAGAUAGACGGUAACUUGUCGACUGUGCAAGACAUCGACAAUGAGAUUGCUAGGCUCCAAGUUCGUCGAGCAGAGUUGAUCGGUGCAGUGGAAUCAAACAAAGCGGCUAAGGUGGAGGUGAGCUACGCACAGAAGAUGGUGGCGAAUGCGAUUCCGAAUGUUGUGCACGAGAUUCAAAUCUCCAACUCCAAGAUCCCCGAGUGGGAUCUGAAGAGGAGUAAUGCAGUGAAGCGGGAGGCCGAAAUCCUUGCAAAGUUUGCACCUUUGCAAGGGUUCUCCCUCAUUCCGCCCCUGUUCCAGGGACUGUUUCUGUAAGUUAAGUUGAGGGUCUUGUCUGUGAUUCAAAGCGGCAGUGAUUAUGCAAUGUGCUUUCCGGCCGGUGACUUUGCCAAUUGUAGUAGAGAGAAAGAGAGAAAGACUUCCCCUCUUCAUGUUAGCUUUGUGUGAUUGUUCUGAUUUAUCUAGCGCAGGAGACAGAACAUUGUACUAUUUCCUUGUCAUAUUUAAGUCCAUGUGUGCUUUAGAAAUGCACUAUUUUGUAUUCUCUGAUCUGUAGCUUUCUUCUUUUUGAUUUAAAGUGAUGAUGUUUAGCUGUUACUGUUGAAUGUUCUGGUUGCUGCAGUACUUAAAAGAGUAAUUUAACUAAUCGUCAAUGUGUAAACUUAGG